GGGGUGGCAGAUCGGCAAAUCUCGCGCCACACGCGAUGAGGUGAAGAAGAACUGCAAGAAGGUCGGGGCUGGCCGGCGGAGCGAGGACGCGACCUGGGUCCACCAAAAUUCGACCUCUGACCCACGGUUGCUACAGCAUAGCGGCAUGCCAUGGACAUGGACACCUUCACGUUCCUGCUGGACGCCGCGUUUCACUUGGUGUACGCCGUGACUUCGGCCAUCGAAUUCAUCAUCUACUUCAACAACGGCUUUGGCAGCACGGCCGACUUCUUCGGGCUCGUCUUCUGCGCGGUCGUUUUCAUCUUCCACGCACUCCAGCUCAGGUUCUACCAGCAGCACAUCACCAUACAGCAGGUGAACGCGCCUCAGUGAACCAAGAUGGCCGCCAUGGAGGCGAACAUGCAACAGAUGGAUGCCGUCUUCCACAUCUACUGCGCCAUCUGUGCCGUCAUAAAGGUCCUCGGUGUUGUGUUCGCCAGCGGGAAGGACGACUUCCGCGUCGCCAACUUCGUACGCUACGUCGUGCUGCUGGCGUUUCACGGCUUGAGACUUCGACAAAUGUGAUGCUCAAUAUGAAGACCAGGCAAGACGCAGACAUCGGGCCAAAUCUUUUUGAUCAGCAGCAACGGACAAGCGUUACCGCUCUUUCCGUUGUAGAUAAGUCCAGCACAGAGGGUGGGGCCCACUGCCCCGCCAGCAGCAGCGGCCGAGGUCAUGAGCCUGCUGCGAUGGGAGACGGUGUUCUUUCUGAGCGACGAGGUGUUCCACAUGGCUCGCGCUGCCUCCGACCUGGGCAUCGUGAUGGACGCCUGCGUGUCCGGCAUCCCCAGCAUGGCCGCCCUGGUGCGCGUCAUGGCCUCGCUCUUCCUGCUCGCCUUCCACGCGCUCUACCUCGGGCCCCGGUCGUCGCUGGCUUCGGACGCGGCCAUAUUCUUCGGCGACAUGCAGUUUCACUUCUUCCACAUGCUGCUCUGCACCUGGCAGCUGGUGCACUACCUGUGGACAACGCAGAAGAGGAAUGCUCGUUCCUACGUCUAUCAUUGGACCAGCUUCCUCUUCCACACCGGCAUUGUGUGGUUCUACACGAGCGGCAUUACGGUGAGCAUCCGCGUGCAGCUAGUCAACGGCCCCGGGGCGAACGACGCUCCCGUACCGGUGCCGCCGCCGAUGCCUGCGGUGCCCAACCCCGAGGCCGUAGCCAUGGCCAUCGCGGCCGCGCGGGCUGCCGACGCCGCCGCAGCGAGACUCGCCCUGCCGCGCCGAGGGAGCAACGCGUCCUCGCCGCUGAGGGGCAGCCCGCGGUUCGGCUCGAGCUCGCCGCGAAGGAGCAGCUCGCGCUCUUCAUCGAGACGCGACUCGAUGUUGGCGCAGGAAACUCUGGUAACAAGCCUUCCGGGGCCGGCGAGGCUACCCGAAGACGGCGCGGCGGGAGAGGUACUCGGUUCCGUCACCCAAACCCUGUCGGGCGCCUCGAUGUCGUGCUCUUCGAAAACGGCGUUAGUGCCGUACGUGGAGCGGCAACCGACGCCGAGGGAGGACAACGCUCCGCGCCAGCCCGAGCAAAGCCUCGGCGUCCAACAGCCUCGGACGUUUAAUCCGUCGGGCGCAGACACCUGCUCGCCCUUAGUCGACGUGCAACCCGCCGCUACGUCUUCGGAGCCCGCUGCAAACGAAGCGCGCUGCACUCCCGCCCCGGGCGCUGCUGAAAGCCCCACCAGAGGUGACACCGGGGGUCGCGUACAGAGUUCUGCUUCGGCCAAUUCCCCGGAUGUCGCCCGCGGCAGUGUUGAAGGCGCUUCCACGGGCCCUGCCGAUGCUAAUGGCCGUCUGCAAAGCCCAACUACGGAAGACUUCAAAUCAGCUUCGUCUGCUGCUGCUCGCGACUCCGCAGCAACCGUUACCUACGGCAGUUCGGAGCUGGUGGUUGACCUUGCCCAGAGUUCCGUCGAAUGCCCCGUUUUAGGUAACAAAGCCGGCACAUCUCCGACUUCGGUUCAAGUGUCGUCUCUCCCUGGUCCGUCUUGCAGCCGUGUCCAGGACAUGGCGCAAAAGUCGAAGAGUUCUCGUGAACAAUCGGCCAAGCACUCACCUGCAACGUCCCGGAAGUCCUCCUCCUACUCGGCCACCCCUUUUAAAUCUCCGACUGAAAUUCAAGGCUCCUCUUCUCCUGGCUCCCCUUCUGGGCACCCUCAAGCUACAGAGGUGCCGCAGAGUCCUCCUAAAGAAUCGAAAUCCACUAAACAGUCGCCAGCAACGUCUAGGAAGCCAUCCGGUUCGGACAGCCCUUUCAAAUCUUCACUGAACUCUCCCCUAGGGUCACCUUCCGGACGCGUCCAAGAGCCGGUGGAAAGACCCGACCAUUGCUGGGAACAAUCUGCCAAGCAGUCACCGGCAGCGUCUCUGAAGCCUUCUGCUCCAGCUACCCCUUCUGAAUCUCCCGAGUGACUGAAACCGAGUCCGCGGCCAAAUCUACUUCCACAGAUGACUUGUGCUUCUCGAGACUAUGGAGCCGCCUGACAGACGGUUCAGACGUCGUCUUAUAGCUUGAGAAAGAGCGCGUAGUCCCGUGUCAAUAAGCAGGAGGGACAACCCUACAUUUAAGCAGAUAUACGUUUCUUUAAGGCGUGUGUGUCGAGCGCAUUGUCCUUACACUCAGCAAGGUUUUUUUUUCUUUUUCUUUGACUGCGAACAGGUCAGUCACCAAGGUACGCGCGCGGAGAUGUCUGCCGUUAUCGAAAGCUAUACACCGUGCCUGCAAACUCGCGUGAUGUAGUGGGUUACUGUGUCAUUUAGCGAAAAUAUCGAUCUAAAUGCUGAUGCAUGCGGACUUCAAACAUGCGAAUUACGUUGUCAAGCACAUUCGAAGUAAAUUGUAUUUCCGAA